UAGUAAAGAUGGCGUCCAGCCCAGACCGGAAGUGCCCCCACUCCGGGGCCGGAAGGGGCGGCCGAGAGGGCGGAAGUGGGCCGCACGUGGUUUCCGCGUGGCCGGCGCCGCGGCUGCUGUGCCCCGCCAGGCUCGCGAUGGGCAAGGCCGGGAGGCUCCGCUCCGGGGCCGCCCGCAAGCUCCGGCGCUGGCAGAAGGGCCACAGCAGCGACAGCAACCCCGAGAGCCGCCGCCACCGCCUGGCCGCCCGCAGCCGCUUCUUCAGCCGGCCCGCGGAGAAGAGCGACCUGACUGUGGAUGCCCUGAAGCUGCACAAUGAGCUGCAGUCGGGGUCCGUGCGCUCGGAGCUGCCGGGCCAGGGCGCCCAGCUCCGCAUGGAGGAGGACGACGGACCCGCUGUCAGCGAGAAGUCCUCGCGCACCUUUCUGAGCGGCUUGAGCGACUGCACCAACGUCACCUUCAGCAAAGUGCAGCGGUUCUGGGAGUCCAACUCCGCGGCGCACAGAGAGAUCUGUGCCGUGCUGGCUGCGGUGACGGAGGUGAUCCGCUCACAGGGCGGCACGGAGAGUGAGACCGAGUACUUCGCUGCGCUGAUGACGACGCUGGAGGCCGUGGAGUCGCCGGAGUCGCUGGCUGCUGUCGCCUACCUGCUCAACCUGGUGCUGAAGCGGGUGCCAGGGCCCGUGCUGAUAAAGAAGUUCUCGGACACCUCCAAAGUGUUGAUGAGCAUCAUGGCCUCGCAGGCCAGCAGCGGCCCCUCCGCCCUGCGGUGGGUGCUCUCCUGCCUGGCCACGCUGCUACGGAAGCAGGACCUGGCAGCCUGGAGCUACCCCGUCACGCUGCAGGUUUACCACGGCUUGCUGAGCUUCACGGUCCACGCCAAGCCCAAGGUGCGGAAGGAAGCGCAGCACGGCGUCUGUUCCAUCCUGAAGGGCAGCGAGUUCCUGUUCGGGGACACGGCUCCCACACACCACCCAGCUGCACAGUCCACAGCCCGGUUCUGUGUGCAGGAGAUCGAGAAGUCUGGAGGUACCAAGGAGGCCACCACCACCCUGCACGUCCUGACCCUGCUCCGGGACCUGCUGCCCUGCCUGCCCCUGGCCGCGGUGAAGACCUGCUGCGAGACCCUGCUCCGCGUCAUGACCCUCAGCCAUGUGCUGGUGACGGCGUGUGCCAUGCAGGCCUUCCACAGCCUCUUCACGGCCAAGCCUGGCCUGGCGUGCCUGUCUGCCGAGCUCAACGCCCAGAUCAUCACCGCCCUGUAUGACUACACGCCCAGCGAGAACGACCUGCAGCCCCUGCUGGCCUGGCUGGCCGUCAUGGAGAAGGCACACGGCAACCUGGCCAGGCUGCAGAGGGACCUGUGCUGGGGACACCUCCCCCGGCUCUUCACGGCUGCCGUGAGCUGCCUCCUCUCCCCCCACCCACAGGUGCUGGCGGCCGCGACCCAGACGCUCAAGGCUCUGCUGAGCGAGUGCGUUGCUCCCCACAUGGCCGAGCUGGGGCCCGUUUCUGCCUCCGCCUCCGGACCCGCCUCCCACGUCUGCAGGAUGUUCAGGGCGGUGGAGGAGGGCUUGACGUACCGAUUCCACGCGGCGUGGGCCUCCGUGCUGCAGGUGCUGCGGGCCUUCUUCGAGACGUGCGGGAAGCAGUGCCAUCCCUUCAUGAGGAAGUGUCUCCAGUCCCUGUGCGACCUGCGCCACUCCCCACACUUCCCCCACACCAGCGAGCUGGACCGGGCGGUGGGGGCUGCUGUGGCCAGCAUGGGCCCCGAGGUGCUGCUGCAGGCCGUGGCCCUGGAGAUAGACGGCACGGAGGAGACGCUGGAUUUCCCCCGCAGCUGGCUCCUGCCGGUGAUUCGGGACCACGUCCAGGGCACGCGGCUCAGCUUCUUCACCAGCUAUUUCCUGCCCCUGGCGGCCACCCUGAAAAGCAGAGCUGCGGAGCUGGCGCAGGCCGGGAAGAGUCUGGAGUCCAAGAUCUAUGACACGCUGCAGUGUCAGAUCUGGACCAUGCUGCCAGGCUUCUGCACCAGGCCCACGGACUUGGCAGCCUCCUUCAAAGGGCUGGCGCAGACGCUGGGCAUGGCCAUCAGCGAGCGGGCAGACCUGCGGCUCACCGUCUGCCAGGCCCUGCGCACGCUCAUCAGCAAGGGCUGCGAGACAGACGCCGAGCGGGCGGAGGUCGGCCGCUUCGCCAAGAACUUCCUGCCCAUCCUGUUCAAUGUGUACAGCCAGCCGGGGGACGCUGGGGAGGGCGCAGCCCAUCGGCGCUCAUUGCUGGACACCGUCCGCACGUACCUGACAAUCACUGAGCAGCAGAUGGUGUGCGGGUUCCUGGAGAAAGCCAGCGAGAAACUGACCAGCCCCGACAGCACCGAGUUCACCAGGCUCUCCAUCCUGGACCUGAUAGUGGCCAUGGCUCCCUACACCGACGAGCCCUCCCUGGGUGCCCUCUACCGCACCAUCCAGCCCUCCCUGCAGAGUAAGGAGCACGGCAUGCAGAAGAAGGCGUACCGCGUGCUGGAGGAGGUGUGCGCGGCUCCCCGGCUCCCCUGCCAGGCCUUCGUCCGCAGCCACCUGGCGGAGCUGAAGAGAGAUCUGCUGGGCUCCCUGCAGAGCACCGCCUCCCCCGCCAAGAGGCCACGGCUAAAGUGCCUGUUCCACAUUGUGAAGCAGCUGACGGCUGAGCACGAGGACUUCGUCGUGGCCCUGGUCCCAGAGGUGAUUCUCUGCACCAAGGAGGUGUCGGUGGGGGCCCGCAAGAACGCCUUUAUGCUGCUGGUGGAGAUGGGGCAGGCCUUCCUCCGCUUUGGCCCCACGCCGCAAGGUGCCAUGCAGCGGUUCCUGCUCCUGGUCUACGCGGGGCUGACGGGCUCGGUCACCAUGGUCAGCUGCACCGUGCUGGCGUUGACCCGCCUCCUCUUCCAGUUCAGAGAUCACAUGGGGCUGGCCGUGGCGGAGCAGCUGCUGCAGAACGUCUGCCUGCUGCUGGGCUCGCGCACGCGGGACGUGGUCAAGGCGGCCCUGGGCUUCCUCAAGGCGGCCCUGCUGCUGGUGGACGCCCAGCUGCUGGCCAAGCACGUCCAGACCAUGCUGGAGGCCGUGGGGCGCCUGACGGACGACAUGCGACGUCACUUCCGCAUGAAGCUGAGAAAUCUCUUCACCAAGUUCAUCCGGAAGUUCGGCUUCGAGCUGGUGCGGGGGCUGCUGCCCGCCGAGUUCCACAAGGUGCUGCUCAAUAUCCGCAAGGCGGAGGCCCGGAGCCGCAAGCAGCGAGCCCUGAAGCAGGCGGUGGCCGCGAGCGAGGAGGAGGUGCCGGUGCAGCCCAGGGGAGACAGCGUGGAGGAGCUCCUGGCCGACUCAGACUCAGAGGAGGAGGAGGGCGAGAGGCGUGGCGGCAGAGAGCAGAGGAAGCAGGCACGGCAGAAGAGCCAGGCCUGGCUGAAGGAAGGCGAAGGGGACGAACCCCUCAACUUUCUGGACCCCAACGUGGCCCAGAGGGUGCUGGCUACGAAGCCGGGCAGCGGCAGGCCUAGGGGAGCGAGCCAUGACUUCAAGGUGUCGGCGGACGGACGCCUGGUUAUCCGCGAGGGCCCCGAGGACGAGGACGACGAGGGAGCCAAAGGAGUGGAUGAGGAGAUGGCCGACCUGAUGCAGGAAGUGGGGAUCCGGAGCAAGAAGGCUCAGAAGCGCCGGUUCCGGGAGGAGGUGGAGGACGAGGAGCCGGAGGAUGGGACCCAGGCACACUACAAAGCUGGAGGCUCCGGCAUCCACCGGCGGCUGGGCGCAGGGCCGGUGCUGGGGGCAGACUACAAGGCCAAGAAAGGCCGAGGUGACGUGAAGAAGAAAGGCCGGCUGGACCCCUACGCCUACAUCCCGCUGAACAGAGCCAAGCUCAACCGAAGGAAGAAGGCGAAGAUGCAGGGACAGUUCAAGGGGCUGAUGAAGGGGGCCCAGCGGGGUGCGCAGACCGGCCGCAAGCACCGCCAGAAGGAGCGUCGCGUGUGAGGCGGGGUCCCCCAGGGCUUUGAACACCCCUUCCCCCGACGCCCGCUGCCAUCUUCGAAGACCCUCCCAGGCCGGACGCUGUUCCCUGCCCGCCCAGAGCCCCGUCUGCCCUUCCUGGGGCUGGUGGUUGGGGGCAGGGCGGGGGCUCAGCGUGGCCCCGGCAGGAGGAGAUGGACACGGGUGGUGCGAGGUUUGUUGGGAGCCACCCACGCCCCCCUUGUUCCGGACACGGGUGGGCUCCCAGCUGCAGCUGGGCCCUCUGUUUUGGGGAGGAGGAAGCUGCCUUGUCACGGAGCCAGGCUGGGGAGUGGGGCGAGCCAGUGACUGGCUGCAUUGAACCAGAGUGGUGAGAAAUAAACACGGUGCCCACCUCA